UUAACAGUCAUAUCGAAGUCACGAGUUCUCAGUUCGCGCACAGCCGCCGGAGUAGGACGAUGUUGUAGUGUUUGUUCCGCACUCCUUGUGAGACUAUAUUACGAGAAAAAGUUUGGUCUGAGUGGGAUUGAUAACAUUUACCGGUAGCGAACGUGUCUCGAAAGGCAUUCACAAGCUUAGCUACCCGCCAAACAAAUGAACGCACACCAUGACAUCGCGUGAAUACCUUAUUGUAACGAUAACGACAGUACUUGGGAUCCUGACAAUUAAUACGAACGCCAGAUCGUGGGAUUUAGCGGUAGUGAUCGGACGCGAAGUCGAAUUUUUCGCGCGAAAUCAGACACUGAUUGGACAGGCCCAAAUUGCGGAAGCCGAAUCUUUGGCUGGAGUAGCGUACGAUGACGUUACACGCACGAUGUUCUUUUCCGACACACUUAGUAACUUUUCCGUAUUCAGUAACGACCUGACGGAGAAGAAUUUCACCUCGAAGCCACUACUUAAGAGACAAAAGCGUAAUCAUAUCAUAGGGAUCGCCUUCGACGCGAAGACGCGAACCCUCUUCUGGAGCGACGCUUUGAAAGAAGUGAUAAUGAGAAUGCAUGUGCCAUUGGACGGGCCACCGGAAGAGCCCAUCCUCCUCCACAAUUUAACGCGAAGAAGUCCGCGUGGUAUCGCUCUGGACCUAUGUAACAGUCACAUAUACUGGGUAAAUAGUAUAAAUACGAAUCCGAGCGUACAACGCUCGAACCUAGACGGGACCGAGCGAAUUACCGUCAUUAGCGAAAAUUUGUACGAGCCGCUGGCCGUGGCUAUAGAUCACGUCGAGGAGAAGCUCUAUUGGAUCGACGACGUCGAGGGUAUACGGAGCAAGAUCGAGCGAAGCAAUCUCGACGGUACCGAACGGGAGCUGUUUCUUCACAAUAAGCAUCAGCUACCGGUGUACCUGACCGUGGACCGUGACGCGAUAUACUGGUCCGAUUGGUCCCAUCGUACGAUCUGGACGGUACCGAAAAAUGCCAGUGCUGGCGAUCCGCCGAUAGAGUUCAGGUCCUAUCGCACGUUGGACCAGGAGGCCGAUCCGAACGGGAUCGUGGCGCGCGAUAACACAGGGGGGAUCGAUUGCGCGGCGAUCGCAAGAAAACGACAGAUGACGAAUUACGCGAACGCGACGUACACGCAGAGAAUCGUCGAGUCGUUCAACAAUUUAACGACGAGCACGGAGGAAUCGGAAUCGAUCACCCAAAGCUCCAGAUACUGUCUCGAUCAUGGACGCUUGGACGAGAAUCAUGGCACAUGCCGGUGCAAGCUGGGGUUCGCUGGUAAACAUUGCGAGAUAAACCUCUGCCACAAUUACUGCCUUGGGGGUACUUGCAGUAUAAAUAGUCGUGGAUCACCCAUGUGUAAAUGCAGUAGUACGUUUGUUGGACCAAGAUGUGAAACGGACUUGUGCAAAGACUACUGCUUGCACGAUGGUCAGUGUUCCGUCCAGAAUGAACGGCCAGUUUGCAGCUGUAAAUAUUCAGAAGGUGUUCGUUGCGAAGAUUUGAGUAACACGUCUAAAAUGUGCGAGAUCUUUUGUGCAAGAACUGACCCAGUUCCUAUAAGCCUCAGGGUAAUUAAUUGCAGGUGUGGCGAAACGAAUAAAACAAGUGCACAAUUGGUCAUGAUUACUGAAAACGAGGAGUACAAAAUAUUAUUACCACUUUUUGGUGUAUCCACUGCCGUACUUAUAAUUAUAAUAAUUGCACUUAUGUACUAUGUGGGUAAAUUACGAAGACGACCACGCAUUCGAAAACGUUUCGUGGUCAGCAAGGGUGGUGUAACGCCACUCACUGCUAGGCCACAGUUACCGGACAAUCAGUGCGAAAUAACCAUUGAGAACUGCUGCAACAUGAAUAUCUGUGAAACUCCAUGUUUCGAACCAAACUUACAUACUCCGGUGUCGGCGAGUAAUGGUAAUAAGAAAGAAGAGAAGAAUUCUUUGCUCGAUAAUAUGGAGGGAAAUUCAUGGUAGCAUAAACUAAUACUUCGACGUGUUAAUCGGCGAAGAUUUUGCGGACAUCGCGCAAAGUUCGUGGAAACUUUGGCCUCUGAGAAAAACACGUUUGUACAUAA